GAUCGCAGGACGCGAGGCGGGCGCCGCGGAGGAGCUCGGGGCUCGACCGGCCGGCCUGGAGCGCGCGGGGUUUGAGGCGUCGCUCGGGCGGCCGCAGCAGCCCGCUCCGCCCAUGGCCUCCGCGCUGGAGGACCCUGUCUUGAUCCGUCCCCUCAGAGGCCACGGGGCGGCGGUGACGGGCGUCGCCUUCAGCGCGAGCGCCGCCGAGCUCGCUACCUCUUCUUUGGAUAGGUGUCUUAUGAUAUGGAAGCUGAAGAAACAAUGCAGAGCUUACAAAUUUGUAGGUCACACGGAUGCUGUGACCAGUGUGAAUUUCUCACCAGAGGGGCAGCUACUUGCUUCAGCUUCCCAGGAUCGUACUGUCAGACUGUGGAUUCCUUGCAUUCAUGGUGAAUCAUCAGUACUGAAAGGUCAUACAGCAUCUGUCCGUAGCGUAAGCUUCUCACAUGAUGGCCACCUCCUAGUUUCAGCAUCCAAUGAUAAAUCAGUAAAAAUAUGGAGCGUUCAACGUCGGCGCCUUUUGUUUUCACUGUUUCAACACACUCACUGGGUUCGCUGUGCCAAAUUUUCACCUGAUGGAAGACUAAUAGCAUCUUGCAGUGAGGACAAAUCUGUGAAGAUCUGGGAUACAAUAAAUAAAACAUGUAUUGAUAGUUUCAUAGAUUAUGGAGGGUUUCCAAAUUUUGCAGAUUUCAACCCAAGUGGUACAUGUAUAGCUUCUGCAGGUUCUAAUCAUACUGUGAAACUGUGGGAUAUUCGAAUGAACAAGCUGCUACAGCAUUACAAAGUUCACAGAGCAGAAGUUAACUGUGUAUCGUUCCAUCCUUCUGGUAACUAUCUCAUCACGGCUUCUAGUGAUGGUACCCUUAAGAUUCUGGACCUCUUAGAAGGAAGGCUUAUUUACACACUUCAUGGACACAAGGGACCUGUCCUUUCUGUGGCCUUUUCAAAAGGUGGUGAAAAAUUUGCCUCAGGUGGAGCAGAUGGUCAGGUAUUAUUAUGGAAAACCAACUUUGAUUCAUUUGAUUAUAAAGAAGUUCUUAAACACCACAUUAGAAGAAUACAGACUGAUGACCCUCCUCAUCUUCUUGAUAUUUACCCAAGAUCACCUCAUCUCCAUGAUGAAAAGCUUCAGUCAGUUGAGGUCAACCCUACGUUUGAUGUGGCUGAUACACAAACAGUUGACCCACCUGUUGUAGAGAUUAGUUCCUCUCCAUCUUUUGGUACUCCGGAUGAUGUCAGCAAUGAAGAUUUGCAGUAUCCCUCUGCUUCGGUCUUGGCAACAAGUUCAAAGAGGAAGUCUGAGAAUGAGAGCGAAUCAGUUAUGCAUAAUGUGGACAAGAAAAUGGGCAUCUCCCCAUCCCUGGGUAAUGCUCUGGAGAACAUUGUGGAACAGCUGGAUGUUUUGACUCUAACAAUUUCAAUCCUGGAACAACGACUGACUUUGACUGAAGAUAAGCUGAAAGAAUGCUUAGAAAAUCAGCAAAAAAAUUUACCUCAGGGAAGACAGGAAGAAUAAAAGAUGAAAAUGAACUGCAUUGAUUAGUAUGUUUUGUAUUUUCACAAGGAAAUAAUAAAUGUUGCUUCGUUGGAUUUGACUAUAAGUGGAAAAAAAUUCCUUUUCUUCUUAUCAAUGUAAUAAAAACUGAAGAAAAAAAUUUAUGAUAUUUUAAACAUUGGUAGCAAGCAGACACUCUGGUUAUACAUUUAGUAAAGUGUAGCCCAGCCAAAAGUAACAUCAGCCAAAGGUACCAUCAGAAGUAGUAUCCCACUGAAUGUUUUUAGUUACAGGUCUCUUAUUUCAGCCUAAUAAGAUCUUUAAAUUAAACAAGAAGAUGUAUGUUUUUAGAUAAAAAACACUUGCCAUGGAAGUGCACUAUGCAGAUUUUUCAACUCAGGUAGGGGCUGUGAACAUAAUGCUCAUUGUUCUAAGGCAAUAUUACUCUAGCACAUAAAUUAAAUAAGGUCCAAGUACCCCUAUGUGCUUAAGUGCCAGAAGUUUUCUUUGUCUCUUAUGGACUGUCAGAUCUUUUACCAUAAGCUUAUGACAUUUACUCUUCAUCUUCUACAUAUUUUAGUGAUGACUGCAAGAUCUAGUGUAAUAACUUCUAGUUACAAAUAUGAAGUCAUGUAAAUGUUGAAACAGUGAUUGUAUGUGUGAAUUCAGAUGCAAGACGUGCGGUGUUGCACUUCUCAUCCAGCAGAAUUCAUUUUUCAUUUUUCGUGAAAUGAGAAUUAGCUUCAUAUUUCUGAGGAGUACAUCUGAACCAAACACACAGUGACUCAAAGUCUCUAUCACAAAUACAAAAGAUCCCCAUCCUCCAAGGACUUCCACAGGUGCUCACGUUUCUUGUGCUAUGAAUUCUCCUCAUCGUUUAAUGCGUUAUGAAUAAUUAAGCCACAAUCAGUAAAGACAUUGUGUGAGUCAGUUUGCCAUGUAUAAUGAAUGUUGGUUUUAUUUGUAAUAAAAAUGUGAUUUUUAGAAA